AUGAAUGAUAAAUUAUUGCGUGCAUUUCCGACAGUGCAUAUGGAAUACGUUGACCGGAAGACCUCGGAUCAUUGUCUUAUGAUUAUCCAAGGCUCGAUGACAGAUGAUAGAUAUGGUCCUGUGCCUUUUAGAUUUCUAAACAUGUGGACUAAUCAUGUUUCUUUUCAGGACUGCGUUGCUAAGGUUUGGCGAGAGCCUGUGGAAGGAGAGGGGUUGUGGAGACUUGCGGCAAAGCUAAAGAAAUUAAAGGUAGUGCUGCGAAUAUGGAACAAAAAUAUUUUUGGCCAUGUUGGUAAUACCAUCUUGGAUCUGGAGGGGCGUGUUGCACGCUUAGAGGUUCAAUUGCAGGGGAAUUAUGAUCCUGAUGUGGAGCUAGAUUUUUUGGUCACUAAGGCGAAACUGGCUUUUUGGGAACAAAAUGAGGAAGCUAGGUUAGCACAAAUGGCUAAGAAGAAAUGGUUGGACGAGGGGGAUCAGAACUCAAGUUUUUUUCACGCUGUUACAACCAUUAGGAAGCGUAAGGCUGUUAUUUCUUCAAUGACGCUUAUGGAUGGGAGGGUGUUAAACUCGCCAGAUGAGGUACAUUUGGGAGCUGCUCGUCAUUUUCAGGAAUUCUUGAGUGAGGGACGUGUGGGUGUCCAUGUUGACAUGUCAGAUUUAAUUAGUGAAGAGGUUUCGGAGGAGGAAAAUCAGGCCCUUUGUCGGCGGCCUUUGGCAAAGGAGGUAUGGGAGGCCAUUAUGUCCAUUCCGAGAUAG